ACUCGAUGGCCACAGCAGUAUGAGCUCAUCGUUUUUACUCGACGCGGCUCACGGCGCAGUCUCAGUGGCGACUUGAGUUGGCGCGCCCGUGUCAGUGUGUAACUUCAAAUAAACAUCGCGGCAUUAAAAUAUCCUAAGUGAUUCACAAUGGCCAUCAGCAGAUUGUCUCUCAUCAAGUUCUUGGAGCUGGUGCUGACAUGUUCGUGUGUCGCGCUCCACUACCACAGCUACGAUAGUGAUGCUCAGACCGGUAUGCUGGUCACAGGUACCUUCGUGGGAUACCUCAUCAUCUUCGCCGGAGCUGCUGCCGGUUAUGUCAUGCAGACACCCUCGCACAAACGCGUUGACAUUUUCUACUCGUUGGUCGGAGUUGCCCUGUUUGUAUCCAGCGGAGCACUAAUCAUUGACAAAUACCAGAACGCGUCAAAGUCAGAUUGGAGGGACAAGAACUUGGCUAAGGCGUCCCUCGCCAUCAUCAACGGAGCCCUCCUCCUGAUCGACGCCGUCCUCACACAGCGUGGAGGCUAAACCCUUACUUCUAAUGAGGCAUGGCCACAAAUCAACUGAAAUCUCGACCUUAUGUCUAUAAUCUUUCGAAUUAUUAUACUAAGAGCUGAUAUUAUCAUACGCAAUUGAGUAAGAUACAUAAAAUUUUGUGAACAAACCAUAAUGAUAUUAAAAUCGUAUAUAAUCAGUAUUUUGGAAAAGAAAUACUAAUAAACGUGGCCAUGCCUGAUCUAAUAACUUCUACUUUAUAUACUAAGCCGUGGAUCAAUAUUAAAACUUCAUAACUGGACGCUUUAAAAACAAAAAGGAAAUAAUUGCGUACAAAUGGAAAACACAAAGAAAUGUUGACCCAUACUGAUUAAUUAAGUAAAUUAUUAAUAGGUUUUAAUGUUAUAUUAUGUACCUCGAUAGAAUUUUAAUAAUUAAGUACAUACGUAAACAAUAAAACUAUUUAACGAAUAUAUAACUACACUAUAUGUCGUUGUUGUAACAGCUAGAAGCUUUUAUAGUUAAGGUUUUAAGAUCUGCGUGUCGUUUUUAAGAUGGCUUUGUCAAAUUGGACAAUUUGUGUUACAAGUUAAUGUUGCAAACAGAAUUAAAUAGUGCCUUUAACACGCAAUAAACUGAAGAUCAAUGUGACUAUUUUUGAUAUCACUCGUAUUUAUCAUAUCAACCGCUAUGGGUAAGUGAACUAGUCCCUUCAAAUCUAUAUGUUAUUAGCGGCUUUGUUACACAGAUAUUGUUUACCUGAUAAUUAAUAUGUACCUUAUUGUUAAGUGUUUAAAGCUGAUAACUGCCUAAACGAGAUUACAAAGAAUAUAUACGAAAGUUACAAAUAAAGAUUUUAUAUAUGCAUUUUGUCAAAGAAGCAAAGAAAUAACAAUAUUUUUAUAGUCGUCUGUAUACAUACACUGCACAGACAUUUGCAUUUUUAUAUGUAUUUGUAUACACAUUGUAUAAUUUUUGUUUCUACAAUAAAUCACUUUGAAAUUA